AUGGCUGAGACGCAGGCUCCACAACGUUUAAAAUCAGGGAAGUCAACAAGCUUAUGGCUACCUCUACUACACCUGGGUCUGAGACCAGCAAUUCUGUGUCACCGAGUCCUACAAAUAGUUCACUUGUCAGGGAAACACGGAAGUCCAAGAGAAAAGGGGUUCCAGAAAAGAAGAGAAGAUCAGUUUGCUGAGAGUGAUCCUCCUGUCAGACAAGUGUUUAAGAACUUGAGAUCUUCUAUUAAGGGUAAAGCUCCUGCUGUUGCUCCAUCUACCAAAGUCAAGAAAAUGAAGCCUAUUACCAAACCAAGGGGAAGAAGUGUCACCCCUGAUAGAUCAGUUGAUGAAAAUCUGCUAAACUCGGUGUGUGAUGUGCUACCCCUUCUACGUGAAGUUGGCCUUCUGAAAACUGUGAAGUCUGUUUGUGACUAUUCUAAGCUGCUCACAUAUGAAUUCUACUGCAAUCUGAACGAAGAAAUUGAUGAUCUGACAAGCAAAUGGUGCAUGAGAAUUUUCAUCCGUGGUGAUUGGUAUGUGUUUGGCCCUGAUGUGAUCAACGAGUAUUAUGGGUUGAAGCCAGUUGAUGAAGAUGAGAUCAUUGAAUGGGAUCUGGUGGCUAAGACUCUUACUGAAGGAGUGGUGACUGAAUGGCCAUCCAUUGAUACUAAUGCUCUGUCCAGCUCUGAAUUCACUUCAAAAUUUGUUAUUCUUCACCGGAUUGCACUGCACAAUUGGCUGCCAUCUGCUCAUUUUCAUACAGUCAGUAAAACUCUAGUUGGUCUAAUCUUUCGAGUUGGCACAAAGAUGACAGUUGACCUAGGGAAGCGGAUCUUCAGUCAUAUGCUCACCUUGAUUCAUCCCAGGGAGCAAAAGGUUAAACUUCCAUACCCUAAUCUUAUUUGUGGUGUGCUCACAUCCAAGGUCUGA